AUGGCCGAUAAACAAGAUUGGCGAAAAGAGGACGAAGAUGAAGGGGAGCAAGAGAUUGACGAAAACAGCUACAAGGCACAGAAGGACGCUGUCUUGCUCGCGAUAGAUGUGAGCAAGUCCAUGUUGGAGCCGCCACCACCUUCGGAUUCCAAGAAGGCAGAUCGCGACAGCCCUGUGCAGGCGGCUUUAAAAUGCGCCUACCACCUGAUGGAGCAGCGCAUCAUCUCCAACCCCAAGGAUAUGAUGGGUAUUCUUCUGUUCGGUACUGAGAAGUCCAAGUUCCAAGACUCAGGUGAUAGCCGAAGUAGUUUGGGCUAUCCGCACUGCUACCUGUUCACUGAUCUUGACGUUCCUGCGGGUGAAGACGUCAAGGCUCUAAAGGCCCUGGUCGAGGAAGGCGAAGAUGAAGAUGAGGUGUUGACACCUUCGGAUGAACCCGUCAGCAUGUCCAACGUGCUGUUCUGUGCGAACCAGAUCUUUACGACCAAAGCGGCAAAUUUCGGAAGUCGUCGUUUGUUCAUUGUGACUGACAAUGCCGAUCCCCAUGCUUCAGAUAAACAAGCCAAGUCUGCUGCGGCUGUUCGAGCCAAGGAUCUCUACGACCUUGGAAUCAUGAUAGAUCUGUUCCCCAUUACCAGGGGUGACGACAGUUUUGACAUGCGCAAGUUCUACGAUGAUAUAAUCUAUCGAGACCCUGUCGGAGAAGCGAACAUGUCUGAGGUUCGAACAUCAAAAUCGGGAGACGGAUUGACUUUGCUCAACUCCCUGAUCUCAAACGUCAACUCGAAACAAACGGCAAAACGAGCUCUGUUCUCAAAUCUACCAUUCGAGAUCGCGCCUGGACUCCGGAUCUCUGUCAAGGGGUAUAACAUCGUGCACCGUCAAGUUCCAGCCCGGACUUGUUACAUCUGGUUGGAUGGUGAAAAGCCGCAAAUUGCUACAGGCGAAACCACACGCGUCUCAGAGGAUAGUGCCAUGGUAGUUCAGAAGGGACAGAUAAAGAAGGCCUACAAGUUUGGGGGCGAAUAUGUCUACUUUACCCCUGACGAACAAAAGUCGUUGAAGGACUUCGGAUCGCCCAUCAUACGUAUCAUUGGCUUCAAGCCCCGCAGUGCGCUUCCCAUAUGGGCCAGUACCAAGAAGUCUACAUUCAUCUUUCCAAGUGAAGAAGACUACGUUGGCUCAAGCCGAGUUUUUACAGCGCUUUGGCAAAAGCUGCUUAAGGACGAUAAGAUGGGCAUCGCUUGGUGCAUCACUCGUGCCAAUGCGCAGCCGAUGCUGGCCGCUAUCAUACCGUCUAGAGAGCGGUCUGAUGACGACUCGGGUACCCCUUACCUGCCUGCCGGUCUCUGGAUUUACCCUCUACCAUUCCUGGACGAUUUGCGAAACAUCAACCCUCCUAGUGAAGUGCUACGGAGCUCCGACGACCUCACAACACAAAUGAGAACCAUUGUCCAGCAACUUCAACUGCCAAAGGCCAUGUACAACCCAUCGAAGUACCCUAAUCCAGCUUUGCAAUGGCAUUACAGAAUCCUCCAGGCUCUAGCACUGGAAGAAGAAGUGCCCGAAAAGGCGGAUGAUGCAACAGAGCCCAAGUAUAAAGCCAUUAGCAAACGCGCAGGCGGUUACUUGGAAGAUUGGUCCGAAGGCCUAGCGCAAGAAGCAGGCAAAGUUGCGAACAGAAACGCCACCAAACGCGAAACAGACGAUGAGGAUGUGGAAAGGCCAGCAAAGAAACCACGAGGAACAUCGGAGAAGGCCUCUAGCUCCUCCUUCAACAUGGAGCAGUUAAAGGCAGCAAUCGAUAGUGGCAGCAUUAACAAAAUGACGGUGGUUCAGCUCAAGGACUUGCUUGCUACCAAGGGCAUGAGUACGGCUGGCAGAAAAAUGGAUUUGAUCGAGAGGGUUGAACAAUGGUGGACUGCAGGCGAGGACAGCAGCAGCAGUCAGGACAUAUCCCCUGGAGCUGAAGACGUCCGUGCACAAAGCCCAACCAGACUGGUUGGCUGUCCGCCUUCUCACCCUACCUCAUCCGUCAAAUCAGUGGCAUUUUCAUCAUCGGCAGCCACUCAGUUGUUCGCAAGCCCGCAAACACCAGAUACUGGCGCUGGAUGUCGAUACCGUCAGAAUCUCCCAUCACCGGCGCCCAUAGAUCCAUCGCCCCAGAAGGAACCCUGGGCGGACGAUUAUAUUUCUCGGCUUCUACGUCGAGUGCGACACUAUCCGAAUCGCGGGCACCGCGCCAACACCAGCCCCGUUAUGGCCGAUUUCCUCGCGAGUUUGGGUUUUGGAGGCGCGCAAACAACAACCGUGUCAAAUAAUUCGCAAUGCGAUUCGGUUGAGCAGCUACAGAACCAACUGCGAGGUAUCCUAGAUGCCAAGGUGACACCGACACGAGCUGAACAUGUCGCGAUUACUACAGAGUUGAGGGCCACGGUCCGGUUUCAAUUGACUGUGUCAGAGCUGGAGAACGGAACCCAUGGUAGCCCAAACAAUCCUGAUCCCUCGGGGGGAGGAGCGCAAUCAACAGGAGUGAAUGGCGACCAGGAUGCGGGGCAGCUAUCGCGUGUUGUUUUCGCGAACGACACCAUCAUGAAUCAGCCCCAAGACGACCCAGCACUUCAAAGAUCAGUCGCCAAACAUAUUAUUUCAACAAUCAGUUCAGCAGACGGAAGUACAUGGACCGUCCGGGAGGUGUCUAGAGGAGCACAAGGGUGGACCUUUACGUACUUGUGCAAGGAUUCAUUCCAGCAUUGGAGUCGACAAACCGCCAAAAAUCCAUCAAAGACAACAGUAGGCGAGUUCAGUCAGAGAGAGCCCGACCCGACCCUGCACGCACGACCUGCGUUUGACUGUCGAGGAUCCAUCGUUAUUGCCUUCAACCGUAGCACUCGUUCCAUCACGAUCAAAUAUGAUCAUACUCCUCUGCACAAAACAGUCGCCGAACUUGCUGCACACUUUAAACCGCCACCGCGACAGCUAGGCCCAGGUGCACAAAAACUACAAGAACAGCAACAAAAGGCGAAAGAGAAGACACCAAAGAAACCCAGAGGAGAGAAGAAGGACAAGAAGGAAAGAAAGAAGCGGGAUUCGGUCAAGGCGCAGAAUGAGAACGGAAAUCCCCGAAAGCGAAAAAAGAAAAACAACGACACAUCGCAGUCUGAAGCAACUGACGGUCCCAUGAUUCCCCCGGAUUAUCCUGGAGCGCCAGUGGUUAAUGGGCAAACAAACUUGCCCUACAUGAACGGCGGACAAGCGCCGGACAAUACUGGACAACAAGGCUUCAAUGACUAUCCUCAGGAAUUAAUGGGAGAUGCGUCAGGAGCUACAAACGGAACUGGAUCUCAACAAGCAGGCGGUCAACCUGGUCCUGUCACUUUGCCGGUAAAUGUUUCAGCAGCCGAAGCAGCACGCCGGCGAGAGGCAGCAACGACAAUGCUUAGCAAUGCCGGCGUAGACCCCACGACUUUGUCACCUGAGCAAUUUGGGAUCUUCUCUAAUCAAGCACCCGAACUGCAGCGGGAGUCAUUGAACAUGCUUGUCAAGUACGGCGCAGAGCGUCUCCGGAUUGUCCAUCCUGGCAACCGGGAGGGCUCAGCUCAGGCAAGCGCUUCUGCUCAGAGCAGCCAAAAUUCAAACGGACCUAGGACCACCAAAGAAUUAGUGCCGCAGUCUGGCGCCCAGAGCAUCCCCAACACAGAUUCUGAGGCACAAGCUGGGUCUCAGACCGCCGAUAAUACUUCGUCCCCUAAGCGGAAAGCGAGGAAGAUGGGCAAGUCGAGAACAGCUUGCUUCCCGUGUAAAGAACGAAAGACUAAGUGCCCAAGGGAGAGACCAACUUGCACUGAAUGUUCAAAUCAUGGGACUGCGUGCGAAUAUGCACCUCAGAAACCACGAAACAGAGAAAAGAAACCCAAAAAGUCAGAGGAAAUCGUCAUUGACGAUGACGAUGACGACGACGAGGAGGAAGAGCAAGAGCAAGAAGAAAAGCAACAGGAGGAUGCCGAAGACGCUGAAGACGCUGAAGCAGAGGGUGACGAGGAAGAGGAUGACGACGAUCAGCAGACUGCUUCUCAAGAUCAUUCGUACCCACAGAUGAACAUCGGAAACAUGGUCACUAAUACCGACACGAACACCCACGCUACAACACAGAACAGUUAUUAUCAAUCUACUUCAAACUUAGCCAUGCCACAGGCUAACCCUUAUCCAACGAACUUACAGCCGUUAACUACGGCAGCUUCGCAGAGAGAUAACUAUUCCCACACUCUGCCUGAAGUAACACAACCAGUCCAUCAUCCUCCACCUCCCAUUCCAGCACCAGCUGGAACUAUUGCCCCCUCUGAGACAAGACGCUGGACCGCUUUUGGCAGCGGUGGACUCAACGGUGCAAGUGACAGCGGCAGGGUAAGACGAAGUCUUCCAUCCGAGCCUCCUCACCCAAACGCACAGAGUGCGUCUACCACAAACUCGCAGCCAUCGGACUGGGGGCAAAGUCCUAACACGACGAUGUCUGCAUUGCCUGCGACGACCAUGGCGACUGUCUCGCCACAAAUGUCAUACGAUACACGACACAGUCAGAGAAGCCGACAGAAGAACAAGAGCCUGUCGAACGAUUCAGCUCAACAAGCAGCAGCAAUGGCCAGUACAGCCAUGCAACAGGCCCAGGCUCAGGCUCAAGCACGUCAGUCACCAGUUGCGACAGCAGCCAUGAUGGCACAGGCCCGCAAGUCUCCAUACCAGCAAGUUGCGGUCCCUCGCACGACUUCUAGAACGGGUCAACGAAACAAUUCCAGAACACCGGUCACAGAUCAGGCAAGGGGCUACCAGCCUCCUCCUCCUGUUGACAUGAGUCAACAACGAACUGCAGGACCAAGUACUCACUACGACACAUCAUCACACAUGCCCAGCGGCUCUGGCUAUAAUGACUACGGGCGAUAUGGCGGAACUAAUACUGCGGCAAGCCACCAGGCAGCUAUGUCGGCAGCUCCGGCAGCACCGACCACUAUGAGCACAUCUUAUCAAAGCAAGCCUUCGACUGCAAACCAGUGGUCUGGUACGUCGAGCCGGAAUGAUCGUUCGUACAGUACCAACUCUUCGUACCAAACACCAAACGUCUAUGCGCAGACAUCAGCUGCUAAACUGGCAUCAGCUUCUGGCCAGAACUUUAAAAUGCGUCCAGGUACACAGCAGCCGCAGCAUGCUCAUGGCAGCAGCAACUCUUACAGUCAACAGCAACAGGCAAAUUAUCCAGCAUAUUCAGGAUCUACACAUCAAAACCAACAGGGUCAAACAUCCAGCCAGCAGCAGCAGCAGCAGCAGCAACCACCGAGUUGGUAUUUUCAAAAUUCACACAACCCCUCCAUGCAUGCCGGGGGUCAAUCAUCUGGCUAUAAUUAUGAGCCAUGGUCAGGCGUUUAA